GCCUGUAAAUUGCAAACGUCUCGCCGCUGCGUCAUACGCAUGCUCGAACGAGCCCCUUCGCGUUUCGAACGUGGUUCCGCCCCGCUACGCAAUUCAGCCAAUGAGCGGCCGAUAUGUAAAUUCUCCUUAAACACGGGCGCGUACUCUCCUUUCAUCGCGGCCCGCCUUUCCAGUCAGCCAAUGGGCUUCGCGUUGCUGGGUAGCUUAUGCAAAUAUACGUAGAGACUUCUUCCUGCUGCGUGGAUAGUCCCAGAGGCGCGUCUUGAGCGUACCGGGAGAGAAGGCUCGCGCGACAGGAAGAGGACGCGGAGGUGGUGCAGCAGCUGGCGGUGACUUUGCAUAUCAGCCAUGAUUGUCCUUCCCCCAGGACUGACGGACGAAGAGGAGGCUCUGCAGAAGAAGUUUGCCAAACUCAAGAAAAAGAAAAAGGCCCUCAUGGCCUUGAAGAAGCAGCAGAGUUCAACCAGCCAAGCCAGCCAGGGAGGAAUUAAACGCUCCAUCUCUGACCAGCCGGUAGUGGACACAGCCACAGCGACGGAGCAAGCCAAGAUGCUCGUGAAAACGGGGGCCAUCAGCGCUAUCAAAGCCGAGAACAAGAACUCGGGGUUCAAGCGCUCUCGCACGCUGGAAGGGAAGCUGAAAGAUCCCGAGAAAGGACCAGUCACGACUUUCCAACCUUUUCAGCGCAGCAUCUCUGCAGACGACGAUUCUCAAGAGUCACGGCGUCCCCAGAGGAAAUCUCUCUAUGAAAGCUUUGUGAGCUCCAGCGAUCGCCUGCGGGAUCCAGAGAAGGAUCCAGAAGUGGCCAGGGAUCCAGACAAAGAGCCAGACCGGGGGGAGAACCUCCGCAAUUUCGAGUGGGACUAUGAGCGCGAUCGCAGCCGGGACCGGAGCAGAGAGCGUGACAGAGACCGGGAUCGGGAUCGGGACCGAGACAGGGACAGGGACCGAGACAGGGACCGAGACAGAGAGGGCAGCUUCCGCCGUUCAGAUUCUUUCCCGGACCGACGUGCUCCGCGCAAAGGGAACACGGUGUAUGUCUAUGGGGCGGACAUGAAGCAGGGCAUGCUGCGCACCGCUUUCUCGGCCUUCGGGAACAUCCUCGAUCUCUCCAUGGACAAUCCCCGCAACUGUGCUUUUGUCACCUAUGAGAAGAUGGAGUCUGCGGACCAAGCCAUUGCUGAGCUCAACGGAAAGGUAGUGGAGGAUGUGCAGCUGAAAGUCAGCAUUGCCCGCAAACAGCCCAUGUUGGACGCAGCCAUCGGCAAAUCGGUGUGGGGGUCUUUGGCUGUGAGGAAUAGCGACAAGGGCUCUCACCGGGACAAGCGAUCCCAGGUCAUCUACAACGAAGACAUCUUCUGAGGCCUGUGGGACAAUCCCCAUUUCAAGCGGUGGGGCGUUUCUUAAAUGUUUGCUUCGUUUUUGUUAAGGUGUGCAAAUAUUCGAAAUAGCACUGUAUCGCUUCUCUCCAAGUCUGCACCUCAAAAUGCACCUGAGCCCGUGGGGGGGGGGGGAGAUUAUUAGGCAGAUUUAUGUAGGAUAGACCUAUCGGUGGUUUGGUAUGAGGGAAGAGCUCCUGUGCUACAUUGGUGUCUAUUUUUUGGAAAAAUAAAACAUGUUUUGAUGUCUUCAA